ACAAAAAUUACUAUCCCUGUAUGCAUGGACAAGAGGAUUUCAUUUUCAUUUUCAUUUUCAUUUUCAUUUUUAUUUUUAUUUUUUUAACAAUAAAAAAUGAGUUCACUUACCCCUUCAUUCGUUGCUCAUCGUUUGCAUCCAAUGCUCUUCUAAAAUCAACUUUGCAAUUUCAAUUGCAAUUCUCUCUGGAUCCCAUAUGGGUAUCUGAAGAAUUGGAGAAUUGAUUGAGAUUGGGGCAUAUAGUGUGUUGAUAUUCUAUCCAAUUCAGAGAAACCAUGGAAAUCGCAAGUAUCUUUCCUUUUCUCCUCUGAAAAUAAGCUAGUCGGAAAAUUUAUUGUAGCAUGUGGCAUUCGAUGCUGCUGAAAGUUGAAGGAGACAGUGAAGAACAGAAAUGGUAGUUUCUGCUUGCUGCAUUAGCAAUCGAGAGACUGAUUUUACUUUCUGGGUUUGUUUUGCAACUAGAGAAGAGGAAAUUUAAUGAAGACCUUACCCAGUUACUGCAAGAAAUAGAAGUUUAAAGGCACCGAAAGGAAUAGAGAUGUUGGUUUCUAUUUUAUAAAUUAGCAAUUGAGGGAGAGAUCUGCGAGUGGUUUUACUUUCUGGGUUUAUUUGCAAAUGGAGUACAGGAAAAUCAAGGACGAGGAUAAAGAUGAGGGUGCUGCUGGUGAUGACAUAGAGAGUUUGAGAAACAAAUCUCUUACAGUUCCUAGAGGUAAUGUGGCUACAAUUGGAGGUGGCUCAAAUGACAGAUCCAAGUGGAAGUGCAAGACAAUUGUUACAUUUGCAUUGACUAUUCUCACAAGUUCACAAGCAAUACUUAUUGUUUGGUCCAAGAGAGCUGACAAGUACGAGUACAGUGUUACUACUGCAAAUUUCUUGGUGGAGACUUUAAAAUGUCUGUUAUCACUUGCAGCCUUGGCAAGAAUCUGGAAAAAUGAAGGUGUUACAGUAGAUAACAGGUUGUCUACAACCUUGGAUGAAGUUAGUGUUUAUCCCAUUCCUGCAGCACUUUACCUCGUCAAGAAUUUGCUUCAGUAUUACAUCUUUGCCUAUGUGGAUGCUCCGGGUUAUCAGAUACUCAAGAACCUUAAUAUUAUCAGCACUGGUGUUUUAUAUCAAAUGAUACUUAAGAGAAAGUUAAGUGAGAUUCAAUGGGCAGCUUUCAUUCUAUUAUGUGCUGGAUGUACCACAGCACAAUUGAACCCUUCUUCUGAUCAUGUUCUUCAAACACCUUAUCAGGGUUGGAUAAUGGCCAUUGUAAUGGCACUUUUAAGUGGUUUUGCUGGAGUGUACACUGAGGCUAUAAUUAAAAAGCGUCCUUCAAGAAACAUAAAUGUGCAAAAUUUCUGGUUGUAUGUCUUUGGGAUGGUCUUCAAUGCUGGUGCCAUUCUGAUUCAAGAUUUUGAUGCAGUCAUGAACAAGGGUUUCUUCCAUGGAUACUCAUUAAUUACAGUUCUCAUGAUUCUCAAUCAUGCACUCAGUGGUAUUGCUGUAUCCAUGGUAAUGAAGUAUGCAGACAACAUCGUAAAGGUCUAUGCUACUUCAGUGGCCAUGCUUCUCACAGCAGUUGUCUCUGUGUUUCUAUUUGGCUUUCAUCUAUCCCUUGCUUUCUUCCUUGGCUCAACUGUGGUCUCUGUUUCGGUGUAUCUGCACUCGAUUGGAAAGUUAACAAGAUAACGAUAGCAACUUUUUGGGAUCUCUGCCAAAUUCAGUGUAAAGGAUUCUGCUAAAAUUUUUUUGUUCUUUAUUUUUGUCCCCUAGACAGUUCUCUUGGGUUUACCUAACUAAAACCAUAAGACAAGAUGAGAAGCAUUAUACUUUCUGUAGUUCUGUUAACAAUUAAUUCAUGAUCAAUAAGCAUGAAAUACUAGAUUUCAGUA